AUGUUCCCUCCCGCCCCGCCCGGCCGGGCUGCGGGAGGGCCGGCCGCUUCCGGCCCCCCCCCCCGAGCCGCCCGGGCGCCCCCCGGGGAGGCGCGCCUCCGCGCCCCCCGACGCCCCGGGGAGGCGGCCCUCCCCGGGCCGGCGGGUCCCUCCUGGGGCUUCAGGGGCUCCCUGCCCCGGGGAGACGGCAUCCCCCAGGGCCCCGGCGAGUCCCUCCUGGGGCUAUCAGGGAUCUUCUGUCCCGGGGAGACUGCCCCCCCCAGGAGCCCCGGUCAGCCCCUCCUGGGACUUCCGGGGCUCCUGCCCCGGGGCCGCAUCUCCCCCCGGGACCCCGGCGGUCCCUCCUGGGGCUUCAGGGUCUUCGUCCCGGGGGACGCGCUCCCCCGGGGCCCCGGGGUCCCUCCGGGGCUUCGGGCUCCCCCCCGGGGAGCGGCCUCCCCAGGGCCCCGGUGCCCCUCCUGGGACUUCAGGGACUCCUGCCCCGGGGGAGGCAGCAUCCCCCGGGGACCCCCGCGAAAGUCCCUCCUGGGGCUUCGGGAUCUUCUGUCCCGGGGGAGCUGCCACCCCCCAGGGCCCCGGUGCCCCUCCGGGACAUCAGGAGCUCCUGCCCCGGGGAGACUGCAGCACCUCCCCCCACCCCAGGAGCCCCGGCGAGUCCCUCCUGGGGCUAUCAGGGAGCUCCUGCCCCGGGGAGACUGCAGCAUCCCCCCGGGACCCGGCGAGUCCCUCUCGGGGCUUUCAGGAAGGGUCUUGCCCAGGGGGCGCGCCCUUCCUACUCCCACCAAGGGCCCCGGGGCCCCCCCCCGAGGGAAGGGGGGGCUUGUCCCUGGGGAAAGCACCUCCCCUCCCAGGGCCCACGAGCCCCCCGGGCUCUGGGCCCUGUCCCCAGGGAAACAGCAGCACCUCCCCAUCCCCAUCGGGCGCCCAGGGGAGGUCAGGGAUGCCCCCGGGAAAGAGCUGCACCUCCCUUCCAGACUCCCCAGCGAGCCCUCCGUCGGGGAGAGGAGGGACACCCCAGCCCCAGGUCGAGGGCGGCGCGCCCCUGUAAAUCCCCCACCCAGAGAUACUAGGGACACCUUCCCCCCACUCAUCCACCCCCUCCCGAAGCCCUUCCCAGUCCCUUACACAGGAGAGUCAGGAGCACCCCUCCUCCAGCCGAAAGCAGCAUCUGAUCCCCUUCCCCUGACGCCCCCCUACUCAAGAGACCGCGGGGCCUCCAGCUCCGCACCAGCAGACAGGAGCCCCGCCCCGACCUUGCCUCCGGCUGCCCCGAACCCUCCCCCCACUCCCUGGGCCCCUGGACUCUCGUCCCGGAACAGGGCGCGCUCCGAGGCUCCUCGCCUGAACUGA